CUCAGCCCUGCCUAACCCAGAGAGUGAGCCAUCAUCCCUGCUCCCCAAACAGGGCUGUUAUUUAUUACACCCUGGCAGGCGGGCAGCUUCCUCCAGAGGGAUUCCCACAUCAGGAGUCUUAUGCAAACUGACCGCGAAGCCGGAGGCUGUCACAGCCGCUGCCUGCACCUCCCAGUGCCGUCUGGUGCUCACACCUGGGGCCUCCUGGUGAAGUCAGUGCGAGGCCAGAGGACACCAUAUCUGGGCAGAGGAGUCCGAGCAGACAGUACUAAGGACAGAACCCCGGCUCAUAGGUUGCCAGGGUCUGCAGCCAUCGGGUGGAACUUGGAAGGCCUGGAGGCAUUUUGUCUUUUCGAAGCAAGAAAAGCAGAUAUGCCAAAGACCAUGACUCACACACUUUUGCUCUACUGCCUGGUGCUUACUGUGCCCACCGCAUCCCACAGGACGUUAUCCCAGGCGGCCUGCAAAAGCAAGGAGAAGAUGUCCUCCAGCCUGCACGGUCUAUGUGGUGGUGUCUGUGUGGACAAUUCCCCCUGCUGUCAACCUUGCUCUCCAGGCACUCAGGGAAAUAUGGGGUUUUUAUGCAGGGAAAAGAAAUGGUACAAGAUCACUGAUACCUGCCGGACUCUUAAUGCCUUCAACAUCUUUGAGGAGAAUUUAUAUUCAGCUUCACCAAUGGGAGGACAUAUAAAAAUCUAUGAACACGGCAGACAUUCUGAGACCAUUGCAGAUCGGUUGCUGCAAAUGUGUCCGCAGGAUCUGUCCUGCGUCAUUCGGAACAUUCAGCAGUCUCCCCGAAUCCCGGGCAACAUUGCUGUCAUUGUGCAACUCUUACACAACAUAUCAACAGCAUCACUGACAGAUGUCAAUGAGGCAAAGAUGCAGAGUUACAGCAUCAUGGCCAACCACAUUCUUAACAGCAAAAGCAUCGCAAACUGGACUUUCAUCCCUGACAGAAACAGCAGUUGUGUCCUGCUACAGUCAGUCAAUUCCUUUGCCAGAAAGCUAUUUAUAAAUAAACAGCCCAUUGACAUAUCAGAUGUCUUCAUUCAUACGAUAGGCGCCAACAUAUCUGGAGACAACACUGGCAAGAAUUUCACUUUUUCGAUGAGUGUCAACAACACCAGCAGUGCGGUCACAGGGAGGGUGCUGAUCAGUGGCGAUGAACUUCGGAAGGCGCCUUCCUCUUCUCAGAUUGUCAGCAUCGCAUUUCCAACCCUUGGGGCCAUCUUGGAAGCCAGCCUUUUGGAAAAUGUCACUGUGAAUGGACUUGUCCUCUCUGUCAUUGUGCCCAAGGAACUUAAAAGAAUCUCACUGAUUUUUGAGAAGAUCAACAAGUCAGAGGAGAGGAGGACACGCUGUGUUGGCUGGCACUCCUUGGAGAGCAGAUGGGACCAGCAAGCUUGUCAAAUGGUCCAAGAAAACUCCCAGCAAGCUGUUUGCAAAUGCAGGCCAAGCAGGUUGUUCACCUCUUUCUCAAUUCUUAUGUCGCCCCACAUCUUGGAGAGCCCGAUCCUGAUUUACAUCACGUACAUAGGCCUGGGCAUUUCCAUCUGCAGCUUGAUCCUCUGCUUGUCCAUUGAGGCCUUGGUCUGGAACCAAGUGACUAAGACAGAGGUCACAUAUUUACGCCACGUGUGCAUUGCUAACAUCGCCGCUGCCUUGUUGAUGGCUGAUGUGUGGUUCGUCGUGGCUUCCUUUCUCAGUGGUCCAACAACACACCACAGUGGAUGUGUGGCAGCGACAUUUUUUGUUCAUUUCUUUUACCUUUCUGUGUUUUUUUGGAUGCUCGCCAAGGCACUCCUUAUCCUCUAUGGAAUCCUGAUUGUUUUCCACACUCUGCCCAAGUCAGCGCUGGUGGCAUCUCUCUUUUUAGUGGGCUAUGGGUGCCCUUUGGUUAUUGCUGUUAUCACGGUUGCUGCCACUGAGCCUGGCAAAGGCUACCUACAGCCUGAGGCCUGUUGGCUCAACUGGGACUUGACCAAAGCCCUUCUGGCCUUCGUGGUCCCAGCUCUGGCCAUCGUGGUGGUAAACCUGAUUACAGUCACACUGGUGAUUGUCAAGACCCAGCAAGCUGCCAUCGGCAGUUCCAUGUUCCAGGAGGUGAGAGCCAUUGUAAGAAUCAGUAAGAACAUCGCCAUCCUCACACCACUGCUGGGGCUGACCUGGGGAUUCGGAAUAGCCAUAGUCAUCGAUGGCAGCUCCCUGGCCUUCCAUGUUAUCUUCUCCUUGCUCAAUGCAUUCCAGGGCUUCUUCAUUUUGGUGUUUGGAACACUCCUGGAUCCGAAGAUAAGAGAAGCCUUAAAGAGUCGAGUAACCUCUGCAAAAUGGAUCUCCAGAAUAUCAGAGAACCUUUCUUCUGAUCUCUCUUGUCACCCCACCAAAGGGCCAGGCUAACAAGCAGGCUGUACUCCUGACUUGGACGGUCACACGUUCCGGGAAUGGCAGCGAGUCCCCAGGAGAGAUGUGCAUAUUCCUGUCUUCUGGCCUCUGGGGGUCUGGAGGGAGCCCUCUGAGCUGCUGGAGGUGCUGCUGGAGCAGGGCCUCAAGUGUGGGGACAACGGAAGGCCCUCUGUCUGAGAUGAUCUGUGAUGCUGACCAUUUCUCCCCCAGUCAACCCUACACAUAUAUGUAGACAGAUUUAUGCCACGCCAGGCACCCACAGAGGACAGACACAGUUGGCCACAGGAGGGCCUCGGUCUCGUGGGCCUUCAGCUCCGGCUGCUGGGUCACACAUAUCCUCAGGAAGAGAGCUCUGGCACCUCUUGGCAAAGGUGGCCUGAGAUACCACCUGGCUGGAGUCUGUGGGCUGCUGACGGAGGGGCCUGUGAAUAAUCACCAACGGGUGGGCUCAUUCUAAGUGCAUCAUUGCUGGUCUUGUACUGAAGGAAUCUGAGUGCCAGCAUACUCCACCUCUCCAGGUUUAAAUAGACUGCAUGGUCAGCCGGACUUGGGCUGACACACACUGCUUCGGCUGUGAAUCAAGUGAAAAGUAUAGAGCUUUUGAACCAGAAAGGUGCUCAUUUUAAGGAGACUCAUUCUGGCGUGAUGGGUCACAGCUAAUCAAGGCCUGUGCCACGGGUAGAAACCCAGGUCUGUGGCUCCCAGCCCUGGACUUUCUCCUCAAGUCAUGGAGCCACCAAGGGACUCUGUCUACUCUGACGAUGUCCACUUAGCUCUCAUCAACAAUAUGAUUGUUUUGAAACUUGUGUUGAGGAAGGGGAAAUAUAUUUCAUGUCAAGAGCUGCUCAUUUUCUUAAUCUUGUAUGUAAACAAAUUCGGCAUUCAAACCAGGAGCCACCUGAUAGGAGGGCAGUGCUAUAGAUAGAAGCCAUUUUAAGAAAAAAAAAGAACUCUUUUACAGAGCAAGUUCACAGGCUAAUGCAUCAGAAGAGAAUUAGUGGCCAAAGGAAAAGGGGGCAAUGAGUAGCCCCCAGUUAUUCUACCAAGAGUCCAGCAUUCAUGAAGUUACAUUACACAUGGGAAAGUGAGACUUCGUUUGUGAGUGAGUGGGGUCUCUCUCUCUCUCUCUUUCUACUACAAAAAUCUUCCUCCAAGGGGGGAUGUUGGAGAAAUUAAAACUGUAAGAAAGAGAUCAAUCAGAAAGCAGGAAAAUACAUCAACCCGGAGCAUGAAUCAUCUUUCAAGUGGCUGUGCCCCCUAUUGGGACAACACUUGCAUCCUUUUCAAAAGUUGGAAAGUAUUGUAACUUGACAUUUCCCAAUAUUUCUGUAGAAUCUCCUCAAGGACAGGGAACAGGACAGUCCCAGUCCUGGUUCUCUCCAUGCCAAGAGCUCAGUACAAAGAGAUGUCAUUUGCUGGGGUCCAUGUAUUGAAGUGAUGACGCAAUCUCACAAAACUAGUGUUAGAAUUAAAAAUAUAGACAAUCAUUAGAAAAGACUGAGUCCAUUUGCAGAUGGGAACUCCGAGCACCAGUGAGAGAAAGAGAGAUUAGCCUUUCGUCUGGACUGGCCACUGAGCAGUCACAUCUGUAAGUAUGAAAUCACACUCCACUCAGAUGAACUCAUUUGCCAUGACAGGAUGGCAGGAAAGGCAUUCUACCGUGGGAUCAUCAUUAACCAAGAAAAACUCAUGGGUACUACUGAGAAACUCUGGGAUGAUUUGGGAAUCCCUUGAAGAAGCUGUACCCUCUCUCCUGAAGCUCACAACCUUGUCUGCCCCAUCCUGGAAGAUGUCAGUGAACUGCAUGGCUUACAAUGACUAUGGGCGACCCUGGGUGGAGACAUAGGUCCCGUUCAUACCUCACCAAGGAAGUGACUUGGUCAAAGUGGCUCAAGGAGAAAUUGGUGCUAACAAUCCGCUAAGGCGGAUUCGUAGUUAACACUUAAUACAUAUGAUGAUCCUUGAGAAAGUUAUUUCAAUUCCUUAGAGUUUGAUUUUCUCAUCUAUAAAUUAAGAAAAAUGGAGCCUACCUCACAGGGUUGUUGUAAAGAUUAAAUGAAUAAAUGUAAGUAAAAUACUUAGAAUAGUACUUGGCAAAUAAUAAUUGGCCAUUAAGAUGUGGGCUGUUUUUGUUAGAGUACCUGUGAAUUCCUGCACACAGCAAGGCAUACACAUACACAAGCAAGCGCAGAGCAUGACCUUUGGCAUGAAUUUGGAUGUAGACACUCUGAUGGGAGUUAAUUCAUUGACUUCUAAAUAGAAGAAUUAAGCAUUUGAUAAGGUCUGUUCACCAUCAGGGGUAUGGCCUCCCCAAAAUCUGCUGAGCUUGUAACUGACCAAUUUUUUGCUCAGCGUUGCCAUGGUUGCAACAUAUAUAGUUUCCUGCCUGGGAAAGAGUUUACAUCACAGGGUUCUAUUUAGGGCACACUGGGUCCAAGCUCUGCUUCAUUUUUGUCUCCUCCCUGAAGUCUUCCCUGAUUAGUUCAACCAGAAGUACUGAUUGUCCCCUCCAGAAAUACUGAUUUCCUAUAAUAUUUAUAAUCUGUACCAUUGACUUUAUAUUUUGUAUUUAUUGUGUUAUAUUGUUUGUUUACUUUUAAGUCCUUUUACGUGCAUAUAUUUUCUUUUUCAGAUAAGACUGUAAAACCUUGGGGACGGGAUUACUCACUUUUGUUACCAAGUUAUUCACUUUUGUAUGCCCAAAGUGCAGAGCAAGGUGUCUUCACAUAGAAUAUGUUCAAUAAAGUCCUUUGAUUACACAACAAA